AGCCCCCGAAAAUGUUGUCUUCCCAGAGUUUAUUUUUUCAGUGAUCCCAUAUUUGCGUUACUAAUUUCUUGCCCGCCAACGUCGCGAUAGUUGGUCGUUAGCCAACCCUGGACGCGCGCCGUUUCGUGGUCGCGGGCGGCUGUAGCCAGCCCUGGUAGCCAGAGGCAAUCAGCUGGUCUGCGUGGUCGAUUUGGUCCUAUUGAAAUUUUCGGUUUGGCACCGGAGCAAAAAUCACAUCGCAAGCAAAUUCCCCGUGCCCACAGGACUCACUUCUGAACUUCGAGCAGCAGCCGGAAGACCAAGCGAACCGAUUAGCAAAAUGUCGAUGCUGGCGAGAACCGUUGGACGCACCUUCAUGCAGGCUGCGGCAGCACGUAGCGUGCACACCACGUCGGCGCUCCGAGCUACGGACAGCUACGGCGCCAACAGGACCACCUGCACACUGGUUCCCGGCGACGGUGUGGGACCCGAGCUGGUCUACUCCCUCCAGGAGGUCUUCAAGGCAGCCAGUGUUCCCGUGGACUUCGAGUGCUACUUCCUCUCCGAAAUCAAUCCAGUGCUGAGUGCCAAGCUGGAGGAUGUGGUGGCCUCCAUCCAGAAGAACAAAGUGUGCAUUAAGGGUGUUUUGGCCACACCCGACUACAGCAAUGUGGGUGACCUGCAGACGCUCAACAUGAAGCUGCGCAACGACCUCGAUCUGUACGCUAAUGUGGUGCAUGUCAGGAGUCUGCCCGGCGUGAAGACGCGCCACACCAACAUCGAUACGGUGAUUAUCCGUGAGCAGACCGAGGGCGAGUACUCGGCCCUGGAGCACGAGUCGGUGCCCGGCAUUGUGGAGUGCCUGAAGAUCGUUACCGCCAAGAAGUCUAUGCGCAUCGCCAAGUUCGCCUUCGAUUAUGCCACCAAGAACCAGCGCAAGAAGGUCACCGCCGUGCACAAGGCCAACAUCAUGAAGCUGGGCGACGGCCUCUUCCUCCGCUCCUGCGAGGAGGUCUCCCGGCUCUAUCCGCGCAUCCAGUUCGAGAAGAUGAUCGUGGACAACACGACCAUGCAGAUGGUCUCCAACCCCAACCAGUUCGACGUGAUGGUCACCCCCAAUCUAUACGGCGCCAUUGUGGACAACCUGGCCAGUGGUCUGGUGGGCGGUGCUGGUGUCGUGGCCGGUGCCUCCUACUCCUCGGAGACCGUGGUCUUCGAGCCGGGUGCACGUCACACCUUCGCCGAGGCUGUGGGCAAGAACGUGGCCAACCCCACUGCCAUGCUGCUCUGCGGCGUGAAGCUGCUGCGCCACAUCAACCUGCCAACCUACGGCGAGAUCAUCCAGAACGCCAUCAACAAGGUGUUGAACGACGGCAAGGUGCGCACCAAGGAUCUGGGCGGACAAUCGACCACGCAGGACUUCACCCGCGCCAUCAUCCAGAACAUGUCCUAGACGGGCACCACCACUGUCAUCGCCGGCGCGAUCAGCAAAUCUUCUCCAUCAGGGGCAACAACGUUGGCGCUUAUAUAAUCGACAUUAGACAGUUUCUGUUGUUGCCACAGCUAAAUUUGAAUUGUUGAAAAAUCACCUUUAAAGUUCUUAGUUUUCUAAUACGUCCAAUUUUUUAUUUGUCCCCCGAUGUCUUCAGUGCAUUCAUUUGAGUAUUAUUUCCGGCGAAUAUUUAAGUUUAGUCCAAUUGAAACGCCCCAAGACACGCACCGAAUCGAAGCAGCGAAUUCUUUAGUUUUACCAAUUGGCAGUAACACAUCGAUCCUUGAUUAUGUUGUAAUUAUUUAUGUAUUAUUUUUUCCCCAUUUUGAUUUUGCAAAGAUCCACUUUUACGGCCGACCUAUACUUUGUUUACCUUGUUGAAUAGCAAAAAAGAAAAAACGAAAUCAAAUGAUAUUGCUAAACUAAUUCAACUGAUAGCGGAUGGCUUUGAGUGGACCCACUCCACCGGAGCUGUGAGAAAGAUAACAAUAAACUCAAAUCUAAAUUAAUUAUUAUUUAAAAGCCAUUGUCAGUUUGAGCUGUCUAAAUUUUAAGUAAUACAAACAAAAGAAAAACCCAA